GGGAACUUUUAUUGGCAAACAAACUAUGGAUUUCUGCUGACGGGCAAUGUAUAUAGACAGAGAGGAAAGAAGGAGCAGCAGCAUUUUGUGUUCCAGCCUAUCUCAGAGACGAAAGAAACAAAGCCAGCAAAAGAGGGCUAUUAAAAAGACAACAGCAACGAGAAUAUGCUAAGGUUUUCAGUGCUCCUGCUCUUCGCUAUCUCAGCAGUGGCAAUCAGUGGAAAGAGGCAAUGUCUGGAAGGAGCAGCUCACAAGCACAGACCCAGCCAGGAGAAUUACUUGCACGAAUGCACCCUAUAUUCGAAAUCCUCUUGUUGCUCUGAAGACAUUACAAAGGAACUAGCUGAUUCACCAGUGAUUAAAGUAAAUACCACCUAUUGGAACCGAUGUGGAAAUAACAGUAAAUUAUGUCAGAGCUAUAUGAAGAAGAUAGAAUGCUUUUACAGGUGUUCACCAUAUACUGCACAUUGGGCACAUCCCCACUACCCAGCUGCCAUUGUGUCUGUUCCCAUGUGCCAAAACUUCUGUGACGACUGGUAUGAAGCUUGUAAAAAUGACUUCACUUGUGUUAGCAAUUGGCUGACAGACUGGGCAAUUGAUGAAAAAGGAGAAAACCACUGUAAGAAUGCGUGCAUCCCCUACCACGAGAUGUAUGGCAAUGGGACUGACAUGUGUGAGAGCAUGUGGGGAGAUUCACUGAAGGUAAGUGACUCCCCCUGUCUGUGCCUGCAAAUGGAUGAGAUGGAUAGCAAGGUCAUCGAGCUCUUGGAGGAGAGGGCCUCCAGUAAUAGUAGCAGCAGCAGCAGAAGUCAUGAAGAGCAGUUUUGUCGCCUCAAGCUGGACAAAAUAAAGAAGCUGAAGGAGCCGAAAGACGAAGGUGUGGAGACAUUCUAAGUGCCAGGGUUUCUUUAUGUUUUAAAGUGACGCAUGUUGCACCUUUCCACUAUUAAAACAAUACUCAGGGUGGCCAUCAGCCACACACACAAAAAUACAAUAAAGUGACUGAACAAUUAAAAUUACUUUAAAAAAUUAAAAGCCUGAAAAGUAAACAGUGUGGCAGAUAAUGAAAGCAUCAGCCACCAUUAAAAAUGCCAUGACUAACCGAAAUGGCCUUCACUUGGUGGCAGAAGCUAAAAGGAGAGGGAGGCAGACAAACCUCCACAGGAGAGAGUUCCAUCACAGGGGGCUGGCACAUAAAAGAACCUGUUGUAAAUCAUCGGUCAAUGUCAGGAUCCACAAAGGGGCCUUUUCACCAGAUCUCAGAGUGCGGGCAGAAUGGCAUGGGAGGGCGGCAGUCCAUAGGCAUCCUGGGCCUGAGUCAAUUAGGGCUUCAUUUGUGAUAACACUUUGAAUUGUCUAGAUGUUGCUGGACUACAACUCCCUUAAUUACUGACUAUUGCCCAGCUGCCUGGGGUGAUAAAAGUUGUAGUCCAACAACAUUUGGAGGGCACCAUGUUGACUGCUGUAGAUAGUUGCUGAAGCCACUGCUGUAGCUAGUUGGAUGCUGACUCUAGUGCACGGGUGUCAAACUCAAGGCCCGGGGGCCAAAUCCGGCCCGCCAGACCUCGUCAUGUGGCCCGCCGAGCGCCCCAGCCAGCGGGACCUAGCUGCUGAAGCGCCGCGCCGACAAUGCGGUGACAAACAGCUGGGGCCUGGGGGGGGUAGAAAGGCGGCCGGAGCAGCGCUGCGUGGAGCGCCCCAAGCCACAGCAGGAGAAGGAGGCGGCAGCUUGCCGGGUCAGCGCCCAGCAGCACCGCACGAAGAGUCCCGAGCCUCUGCGACGCAGCAGUGCUCUGUAGCACUUUGAAUCCUCCUCCUCCUGCCACGGCUCGGCGCCUGGAAACGGCUGCUGCUGCUGCUGAAGCACAGACAAAGCACCCAGCAGCGCCGCGUGGAGGAGGAGGAGGAUUCAAAGUGCUACAGAGCACUGCUGCGUCCCAGAGGCUCGGCACUCUCCGUACGGUGCUGCCGGGCACCGACCCGACAAGCCGCCUCCUCCUCCUCUUGCCUCACCUCCUCCUCCUCCUGCCGUGGCUCAGCCUCAUGAACGUGAGCUCAGCAGCGGCUCAGCCUCAUGAACGUGCAACUCUGAGGCUUUACGCACGUCUGCUAAAACGGACACCCGCUGCCUCACGCUGCACGGGAAAUGCUUUUUGCCCCUGGGUCCCUUCGCGCUCUUUUCUGGCGCUGAAUCAAGGCGGUGACCCCCCUUCCCUUUCUUUCUUCCUCUCUCUCGUUCUUAUUCUUUCUUUCCAUCUCCUUCCUUCCUUCUUUAUCUCUGUCUUCUCUCCGUGUUUUUUUUUCUUUCCUUCUUUAUUCCCUUCCUUCUUUCCUACUCUUCUUUCUCUCCCCUCUUUCCUUCCUCUCUCCGUCCUGCUCCCUCUUUUCUUUCUUUCUUUCUUUCUUUCUUUCUUUCUUCCUUCCUUCCUUCCUUCCUUCCCAUCUUUCUUCCUCUCCCGCAUUCUUAUUCUUUCUUUCCCUCUCUACUUCCUUCCUUCUUUCUCCCUUUCCAUCUUUUCUCCCUCUUUCUUUUUCUUUCCUUCUUUAUUCCCUUCCUUAUUUCCUACUCUUCUUUCUCUCCCCUCUUUCCUUCCUUCCUCUCUCCCUCCCACUCCCUCUUUUCUUCCUUCCUUCCUCCCCUCCCUCUCCCUCCCCCUCUCCCUAGAAACAUAGGAUGCUGCUUUAUACUUCUGGCCCUUAAACCCUGGAACCAGGAGAGCAGCUCCAGUGAGUCAACCUCAGCCAGUCCCUUUGGUGAAGGGUGGUGGCUCACUGGCAGAACAUUUGUCCUGCAUGCAGAAGGACCCCAGCAUCUCCAGGUACCAGUAGCUCUGCAAAGCUCCUGCAUGAAACCCUAGCGAGCCUCCACCACCCAGUGCAGUUACCGAAAAUCAUUUUUCAAUAAAUUGUACAAUAAUUGUACAUUUGAAUAUCUACUUGCCAUUAUUCUGACUAUGUUUCUGCUUUCAGAGCUAGUUAUUACUUACAUUAUUACAAAAAAACAGUAAUAAUUGAAUGCAGUGACAAUAAUUUAUGAUAAUAAAGAGUGGACACAUAGUCCUACAGAUACAACCGGCCCUUUGAGGGUGACCAAACUGCUGAUGCGGCCCCCGAUGAAUUUGAGUUUGACACCCCUGCUCUAGUGUGAUUAUUUCAGUUCGUCCUGCUCUCUCCAUUUGGGAGAGUAGGCCACUUAAUCAGUGUUCUUCAGCCUAGGGUCCACAUACUUCCAACUCCCAUCAUCCCAGACCAUUGGUUAAGCUGGCUGGGGAUAUGGAAGCUGAAGUCCAACAACAUCGGGAUACAAGGUUACAUCAUGCUGAAAGGCAACAUAAAUCAGCUGCUGGCUUAAUCCCUUCACUCAUUUACUUACACAGUGCAUAAUAGAAUUACAAAGCCAGUUAAUGAAUACACAAGUGAGCAAAGGAAGCAGCGCACCUGCAAAUCCUAAUGAAUUGCAGAAUUGUAUUAUUAGGUUCUUUCAGAACCCACUUCCAGCUCUGUUUAGCUGUCUCCGUACUGAGCAGGUUUCCAUGGCAACCAGACCUAACUGCACUCUUCACUAAUCUGGUCUCAGCCUCCUAGCAGCCCUACAAAAGGAAGUGGGAUAAAGCUCCAGGCUGGAGAUAUCGGCAGUUUUAACAAUUCCUGCCUGUUACCGUUGGCAUAUGUCACUUGAUUUGAACUCUCGAGUUCUGCUUGCCUUCAUUGAUUAGAUACUUGGCAACAACUGAAGUCAAACCCACACCAUACAUUUAUCCCAAAGACCCCUGGGAACUGCAGUCUGUUGGGUGUUGAUGGUUGUUAGACCCCGCCCCAAAGAGCUACAAUUCCCAGCACUAUUAACAGAUUGCAAAAUAUGACCUCUGACUAACAGAGUUUAAAAAAUAUGUUGUCAUUUUUCACAAUAGAAGGGUUACAGACAUAAGCAGUGAAAAUAAUUGUAAAAAUAAUAAGUAUAAGGAUACAGAAGGAAGGGAGGGAGGGAGAAAACCAGGAAAAACUGAGUGUGGAAUUCAACAUUACCAUAAUGGCUGCUAUUGGAGGUCUGCAAGGGGUGGAAUGGAUGAAGUAAUGAUCACCCUCUAGUUUCUUAAAUAAAAACAAGAAAAAAGUAGAAGAGCAAUCGAAGGCUUAACUAAGCAUCAAAUAAGUCAAAAACCUUAGGUAACAGUACCUCCUCUGUCUCCUCUGGACCAGGCUAAACAUACUCAAUUCCCUCAACCAUUUCUCAUAAGGGCGCCUUACAUGUUACAGGCAAUACUUGGAACUACAACUCUGUGGAACCUGGUCUAGUAGCUUCAGGUGAUGGCCAUAAUGAAAUAACUGGCCCUUAGCUAUUGGAAGAAAUAUUUUUGUUAUGAGGGAAACAUUGACAAAACUUCUGUCAAAUCUUGCUGGCUAUUUUGUGACACUAAAGCCGGUCCUAGUGAAGGCAUUGCUCAAUUGUGGAUUUUGAUUGUUUCCCCAACGAAUCAGUACAGUUUCCUCUCCUUUUUGUGUGUGCUGACUAAACAGUUACUAUAGUUACAACAAGCGUUGAAUCCUGAGAAGAGAAAUAAAUGUGUGUACAUAUUUUUUCUCAUUCACUCCUCUGCAGCUCUUGCAGUGGGGGACCACACCCUUUAACUCCUGAGCCCUGCUGUGUCCCUGGUUUACCCCAACUCUGGAAUGGACACAUUGAAUCCUUGGCAAAUUAAGCUUUUGGGUCCCCUCUCACUCAGCACAGCUGUGAUCAAUUAAUUACACAUACUCUAGAGUUAAUUUUCUUGUUAAGCCAUUUUCCUUCUCAAGAAGGUGAUUGUCCCCAAGGGGGAAAUGAAAUGUACUGUAACUAGCAUAAUGUAACACUGAGGUUUUACAAGCAGUGCUCAGGAUGUUUACUCAUAAAAACAAGCUGCCUCAGUGGAUUGUAUCCAGGCUUAAGAGUUUAAACAACACUGUUCUCAGCUAUACAUAUCAAAUGUAAAACUCCUAUAACAUAGGAGAAAGAUUUUGUAGGGGCUCUGGCAAGCACAGCUUUUAUGUCACAGUCCUACAGGAGCUGGAAAAGCUGCACAUGGAACCUACUUUUCCUCUGUAGUUUUGUUGUACAACUAUGCUCCCAUGUGCAGUUUUAGUGUUGGGAUUGAUAUAUCCCAUUUCACUGUUAUUGUCCUGACAGUAAUGCUCCACCCAGAUGCUGCUGGACUCCAACUCUCAUCGGCUCCAACCUGCAUAGCUAAAGAUCAGGAAUGGUGAGAGUUGUAGUCCAACAACAUCUGGAGGGCCACAGGUUCCCCAAUCCUUCUGUAAAAUAUAUAAUUUUGGUAGAUGCAGCUUAUGUAACAUUGCUGCAGAAAUCAGAAACACUCGCUGUUCUUUCGGUCUUUAAUAAAUUUCAUCAGGGAUGGCUAUUAACCAAGUCAUAGGCCACUUGGUUCCCAAAUCAGUUUAUUUAUCUCCUGGCAAUCCCACCAAAUAAAGGUAUGGUAAAAAGCUUCUUGACCAAAACUAAAGUUGUUCUUAAAACAUUCUAACAGAGAAAGUCUCCACGUUGUAAUGCUACAUUUCUCGUAUGGGGUGCCCAAGCCAUGAGCCUGCAGCUGCAAACCCCUCUUAUUGCUUGAUAACAUGUGAUGGAGUGAGUGUGUGUGGCAAAAUACACUUGUGUGUGACAGUAGCGCCCAGCAACAAAGAAGCUGGUCACCCCUGCACUAAUCACAGAAAACUUCAAAAUGUAAAACAUGGAGCUACGUUUUCUGUAUAGUCUGCAACUUUUGGGAACUUUAAUUUCAGAGAGGCAAUCUGGAAACCUCAGUACAUCAGCAAAUCUUUUUACUGGUGACUCAAAUUGUAAACUAAUAAUGUCACUGGAAAACCAUUGUAUGCUUUAAGAGAAAUGUGUUUCCCCAAAGUUUCCUAUGUCCCUUUGAGAAAAUUAGUGAGAGAAAUAUUGAACAUUCCAAUAAUUUUGCAGAAGAGGGAAAGCAAAGGAUUUAAAGACAAGAAUUGUUAAGCAAAAAUUGUUAUAAAUGAAUAGUAGAAGUGUUUCUGGUAUCAGCAUGUAAAUCUGGUACAAAAAAAUGCAUUAGGUGCACCCUGUCAUUCACCUGGUAUGUUUUUGCACUGACCAAUUUUAUAAAUCCUGUCUUAUGAACCUCAUGCUAGUGGAAACUAAACAGAAGAGUCCCCACCCCUUCUAUUCUGCUAUGACAUUGUUCCCGGUAUUCUGACCCAUUAUGCUACAAAGCUAAACAAAUGGAACAGGUAUUUUUUUUUAGUAGAUUAGCUACAAAACCUUAAUAAUGGAAGCACAUGUUAUUACGGGCCACUUCCACAAUUGUUAACCCUCCUCUUAUAUUAAUCACUGUAUUUAAAACAUGUUGCAGUUGUGCCCCCUGCUGGAAGCAUCCACCUCCUGUUGUAUUACUUGGAGAAAUGUUAAGGAUUUCCUCCUACUGGGAUGAUUUGUGGUCUGCAUUAUCAAACCCCAGGCAAAGUAAAUGUGGUGUUAGGUUAUCAAACCCUGAGAGUCAAGUUUCAAACAGUUGCGAUCAGACUCUAUUGCAAUUGAUCCAUUAGCAUUUCUGUGGCCCUCCAGAUGAUUUUGGACCCCACCUAGCCCCAGCCAGCAUGGCCAAUGGUAAGAUAUUAUGGGAGCUGUUGUUCAACAAAAUCUGGAGAGCCACACGUUCCUGAUUUAUUAAAGUGGCACUGUCUGAUAAUAUGUCCAAGUUAAGUGAUAUGAACAUCUGUGGUGACAUGUGAAAUAAUAAAAAUUAAUCUAAA